UCUCGUGGAAUGGCAGAGGAGGAGUUGCUUCAAAGGGGAUUAGGAUACUGAUGAGUAGGGUUCAAAACUGCAGCCCGGUCACCCAGUCCAUGCAAGGUAAGCCAUACCUCCUCUCUUUUCGUUGCUUCCUUCUGUGUUGUCCCUUCUGAUCCAACUUAUGCGUGAGGUGGGCUGUGAGUGUGUUGAUGACUGAAAGCGGGCUUUCUCUAGUGAGACCUCCACAUCCCACUGGGCACGCACUGGUCGAUUCAACGUUGUUGUUUCCACAUUUCAACGAAGUUAUGUCGAUCCAACGUGGACCAGAUGUUAAAUUGACGUCCGUGCCCAGUGGGAUUCCUCUCUGUUCACACUAAGGGUUAGCUAUUAUUCAGUAGCGGAAAGUGAGGGGGAGGGUUGGCAAGUAGGGAGGGGUUAGUCUCGUGAAAAUGUGCGUGCGCUGGUGUGUGAGACGAACUGUGCUGGAAGGUGUGGAACAGUUUUAUGGCGAGAGAGGUGCCAUCAAGAAGGAUAAGUGUAAGUGAAGAAAAGGAAGAAUAUCUCCAUCCUGAUUGGAGACUGACAAGCUUCAGAUGAUGUUGCUGAGCCUUCUUUCUGGUUUGAUCAUGGGAGCGGCUGUCCUCUUUGUUCUUUACCGCUGGGUGAUCCCCAUGGCUGUGCAGUAUCAUGGAGGACUGGCACUACUGUGGCAUGAUGUCAUCGUGGAGCGUGCACUGGACACCUUGACCCGGACUUCACGUCCUCAACGUAUUCUGAAGGCAGUGCAGACCAAAGCCACUGUAGGAGACCCCCAGAGUGUGAUCACAGCCAUCGACCACUUCUGCAGACAUAGAGAAUGGGCCAUGAAUGUGGGGGAUGAGAAAGGCUCCAUUCUGGACUCGGUGGUCAAUGAAGUGAGUCCAGUCACUGUCUUGGAGUUAGGCACUUACUGUGGCUACUCAACAGUACGCAUAGCCCGCCUAUUACCCCCUGGAGCCUGUGUCAUUACCUUGGAGUUCAACCCAGAUUAUGCUGCCAUUGCUCGUCAAGUCAUCAAAUGGUCAGGACUGGAAGAUAAGGUGCAGCUAGUGGAGGGAGCCUCAGGAGACUGGAUCCCUUGGAUGAAGGAGCAUUUCGGGGUCCAGGCGUUUGACUUAGUUUUCCUGGACCACUGGAAAGAGCGCUACCUUCCUGACACAAAACUGCUGGAGGAGUGUGGUCUCAUACAGAAAGGCACAGUGCUGCUGGCAGACAAUGUAAUCUGCCCAGGAACCCCUGACUAUCUGGAGUACGUCCGUAACAGCCCUCACUACAACAGCCAGUACUACAGAUCCCACCUGGAGUACACCAAAGUAGAGGACGGCUUGGAGAAGUCUGUGUUCUUAGGGUACUAGCCAAACAUUGAACCUCUUGUUUUAAAACACUGUAACUCUCUUUGUAAUGUAUUUUUUUGUUUGUUUCAAUUUUAAGCACUGCCUUACAUGUGAGUUAUGACAUACUGUAACUUACUGUGGUAAGCAUUUCUUUCCCUGUAUAAUUUAUCUAAAGUAAACCGAUAUGUCUUUGAAAAGUA